AUGGAGAACUUUGUCCGUGGCUUGAUUCAAACCUUCAAUGUGGAUCUCCGUCGUUUCCUCCCGAUCUUCGCUGAACCUCGGUCAACCAGAUCCGAUCUUUUGGCCAAGCAGGUUCGGGGGUUCGUGAGUGAGGCCCGGACCGUUCUUCGCGAGAUGAAGGCUGAAGGCGUCGUUUCGCUGAUAGAUGGUAGUUCAGACUCUCCCCAACACUCUCAUCGAGUUAUUGCCACAUAUCGAAGGUCGAGCCUUGACGAUUUUGACGAUAUGCGACAUGAAGUCCGGUCUCCCUUGGUAGUGAACCUACUCUGUGAGGCUUGGUCAAACCAGGCCAACAAGAUGCGGACGAUUAUGGAGGCCUUGCUUAGAUCCGACAUGAAGCUACCUGCAGCUCUCGGCUGGUUUUUCGAAGCUGAAGGACACAUUCAUAUCGUUACCAAUCAGAGCCUCAACAUCUACCCGAUGGCCCAGACACAGGUUGGAAAUAACAUCUGUCUGAAUCAAGAUCACAACGUGCAUGCCCAGCCUAUGGAAAUCGGUCAACGUAUCAUGAAGCUCUAUGACUCCACAUCGGACCCUUCAACAACUCGUGAGCAGAACGCUUAUUAUGUCCCCAUGCAGGUCAAUAAUCCCCUGUUCAACUCUUUUCUGGCCGGCGAGGAUUUUGGCGUUGGGUUUCAAAUGGCCAAACCGGGCGCACACAGCUUCAAAACUAAAUACCUCAAGCUGCUUCAAAAUCGGAUUGAGGCGAUCUGUGGCAAACGACGAUCUGGCUUUCAUUUUGUCUUUCUUAUCCCGGAGGGCAGGAAUAUCCGAAUCUGUAUUCCAGGUACCGCUGUUACUCGGAUGUUCAAGUACUAUACACUGCCCCUUGCCUGUGGGUCACUGAAAUAUCAAGAACCCGAUGAGGUAAAGAUCAUGUUGGAGCAGAAUGGCAUGGGUGGUAUGCUGGGUGAGGUGGAGCCUGAGGAUGAUGAAUAUGUCGAGGAUGGCGAAACAGUGGAUGAUGGGGAGGUAGUCAUGGAUUGA